UGCACUAUGGAGAUACAGCGGAGGAGGGCUGGGAAACGACCGAUUCGAUGCAGGAGGACUUGCAUCAUUUAUGUCUAAACGACUACAAGGCUAUAUGAGAAGCUGUUCAGUGGCGGACUGGGGCGGUACACGGGCGGCAAGGCUACGUUGAGGGUGCGCGAUGGCGUGGCGCCGGUGUUCCACCGCGCGCGACCGUUGCCGUACGCGCUGCGCGAGCGGGUCGAUGCAGAGCUCGACGCGAUGCUGCGCGACGGUGUCAUCGAGCCCGUCGACUGCUCCGACUGGGCCUCGCCAUUGGUGCCGGUAAAUAAAUCGGAUGGUUCUUUGAGAAUAUGCGCUGAUUAUAAAGCAACCGUAAAUCCUGUGUUACUUGUAGAUCGUUAUCCUUUACCAAGAAUAGAGGAUUUAAUUGUUCGAUUAAGCGGAUCCCAAUUUUAUUCAAAAAUUGAUUUAUCGCAGGCGUAUAACCAGAUCGAGCUGGAUGAGACCAAAAUGUAUACAGUUAUAAACACACAUCGCGGGUUAUACCGGUAUAAUAGGUUAGUAUAUGGGUUAGCGUCGAGCGCAGGCAUUUUUCAACGCAUUAUGUGUAGUUUACUGAGUGAUAUUCCCAACGUCGAGAUAUUCUUAGACGAUGUUCUCAUAGGUGGUAGGAAUAGAGCUGAGCACCUACAGGCAGUGGAGGCAGUUUUUAGUAGAUUAGAUAAAUAUGGUUUUAAAUUAAAAACGAGUAAAUGUGUUUUUUUAGUGAAAGAAGUAAGUUAUUUAGGAUUUGUAUUGAGCAAGGACGGAAUAAAAACGGACCCGGAUAAAAUCCAGGCUAUCACAAAAAUACCACGCCCAGAGUGUGUGACCGAAUUACGUUCCUUUUUAGGAUUAAUUAAUUUUUACGCCAAAUUUGUAAGGAAUAUGAGUUCUAGAUUGGUACCUUUAUACGAUUUAUUAAAAAAACAUAAAUCGUGGUAUUGGUCGAGGGAAUGUGAACGAGCCUUUAUAGAAGUAAAGAAUUUAUUAGUUAGCGCUGAGGUAUUAGCGCACUACGACCCGAAGCGACCGCUAGUAGUCACAUGCGAUGCGAGCGCGAGGGGCGUGGGGGCCGUACUCUCACAACCGAGGGAGGACGGACGCGGCGAGCGACCGAUAGCUUACGCUUCGCGUACACUGAAUGACGCGGAGAAGAAUUACUCACAGAUCCAUAGGGAAGCCUUAGCUAUUAUAUUUUCUGUUAAUAAAUUUCAUCAAUAUUUGUACGGCCGACAUUUCGUAUUGCGUACCGACCAUAAGCCUUUGGUAUCGAUUUUUGGGCCACAUACGGGGAUACCGACUAUGGUAGCCAGCCGUAUGCAACGGUGGGCGAUAAUUUUAUCUGCCUACACAUUUGAUAUAGAAUAUGUACGCACAGACGAGAACGGGGCGGACGGCUUGUCACGGUUGCCGAUAUCAGCUAGUAAACCAAUGACUCGAAUGACGCCCGAGCAAACAUAUUUACAUUUUGUGCAGCAAGCUCUGCUAUUAGAUUACAAUGAAAUUAAAAAUCAAACCUCUAGGGACCCCAUACUAUCAAAAAUAUUAAGUUAUAUACGAGACGGCUGGCCAAUAGAUUGCGCGAUGACGAAUUUGAAACCUUAUUAUAAUCGUAAAAAUGAAUUAUACGAGGAAUUAGGUUGCGUUAUGUGGGGGCAUAGACUGGUGGUGCCAGAUUCUUGUAAAGAGAAAAUAUUAUUAAUGAUUCAUGAACCCCACAUGGGGAUUGUCAAAUCCAAGUCCUUAGCCCGCAGCUAUGUGUGGUGGGCGGGCCUGGAUGAAGCGGUGGAACGAAUAUGUAAACAGUGCGAGGUAUGCGCUGCGAAUGCAGACGCGCCACCGAGACAAGUACCUCGCAUGUGGCCGUGGCCUAAUAAGCCGUGGUCCAGACUGCACCUAGAUUUCAUGGGCCCUAUGUUAGGGCAAAUAUAUUUAGUGGUAGUAGAUGCAACAUCUAAAUGGAUGGAAAUAAUUAGGGUAUCGAGCACGGCGGCAACGGGAGUAAUAGAUAAAGUUAGUGAACUAUUUAGUAGGUUCGGACUGCCUAAACAAAUUGUCACGGAUAAUGGACCACCCUUUACAAGCUCAGAAUUUAAAAAUUUUACUAGUAGUCAGGGGAUUGAACAUAUUUUUACGGCUCCAUACCACCCGGCCUCAAAUGGAUUAGCCGAAAACGCAGUUAAAACAUUAAAAAAAGUAAUUAAAAAGGCGGUUGUAGAGAAACAAAACAUAAAUAAAGCACUUUGGACGUAUUUGUUAUACUAUAGAAAUACCGAACAUUCGACAACCGGGGAAUGCCCAGCGGUUAUACUAUUAGGCCGUCGACUACGCACUAGAUUAGAUGUUAUAAAACCAGAUAGGGAGAGUAAAGUUUACAAAGCUCAGCAGAAACAAAGAGAAUCAUUUAAGGGGACAAGUAGAAAGAUGCAGGUAGACGAUGAGGUAUGGUAUAGGCAAUUCAUGAGGGGUGAGAAGUGGGCCCCGGGUCAAGUUAUCGAUUGUUUAGGUCCGAACAAUUACAAAGUAAGGAACCGAGAAGGUGAUGUGAUUCAUAGACAUAUGGAUCAAUUAAAAAAGAGAUUCUCUAGAAUUUCCCUAUCAUCUUACCCGUUGAAGGAAAUAGAUAAAAGAAUCAGUGCAAAUUCUAACUCAGAACCACCGAUGACAGAUCGGUCACCGGGCGGGAUUCAGGCGGAGCAGGCGGUGGCGGAACGGUCAGAUUUAACGCCGAUAAACGUGGAAACGGUAGAAAUGGAUGCAACAGAAAUUCCGAAGUCACCGGAGUAUCUGGACGCCUGUCCAGAUAUGGUAUUGCCUAGUACGAAUGCACCACCGCCGCCCCGAGUCCGCCCAAAGAGAUUAUGUAGAAUUAAGAAUCUAGAUAGUAUUAAGUUUUAGUAUAAGUAACCAUGUCAAAUUAUAAUUGUUAAUUAAGUAGUAUAAGUUAGAGUAAGUGUUAAUUGGUGUGGAAGAGUGUAAUAUAGGGUAUAUAAGAUAUAAUUAGGUGGCGGGUACUUUUAAGGCGAUAUGUGAGAUGGGAGCCAGUCCGGAAUAUACGCUUGACGGAUAA